UCAUUUGCAUAUUUUUUUCCAUGCUCAUUCGAAUAAUUUUUUUUCCUACUAAUUUGUCUGUUCAUUUUCAUUAUUUCAUAUUAUUUUGGCCUACUUUUCUGCUUAUUUGCUCUAAAUCAUUAUUAUAUGGGUAAUUAAUAGUAGUAAUAAUAAUUUAUAAUUUUAAAAAAUAGUGACAAAGUGAAAAAUCAUUUUAUAUCCUACUGUCUUUAUGUAUCUCCUCACUGUUUUGUUUCUUCUUCUUCUUCUAAAAAUUAUGGUAACUGAAAUCUCGCAACCUUAUCACUAUUGUUAUUGUUGCCGCGCUGGAAAAUAAUAAGAGAAGAGAAAAGCUAAAUAACAAACUAUUGUGAUUCGUGAGUGAUAUGAGUAUGAUGUCUAUUAUGCAUGCAAUGUCGAUCAGAAGCAGCGCUUUCUUUUGCUUUCAAAUAAAUUGCUCCGAUUCAAAGCAAGGUCGUGGUUUUGGAGAAAACACUAACAGUAACAGUAACAGUAACAGGAUUAAGACCAACAAAUCUGACAAGGGAUCAACAACUAAACAGUCUCGCCCUCUAUCUUCUCAGGCACCCCGUUUAAGUUCACAACUUGACGGCAAAUCUAGGAACGACUUUUUGGAUGUUGACUUUGAGGAACGGCUAAAAGCAGUUAGAAGGUCAGCACUUGAGCAGAAGAAGGCAGAGGAGGAAAAAGAAUUUGGAGCAAUUGACUAUGAUGCACCAAUUCCUUCCGACAAUAAGACAAUUGGCCUUGGUACUAAGAUUGGAGUAGGGGUAGCUGUUGCAGUCUUCGGUCUGGUUUUUGCUUUUGGUGAUUUUCUUCCAUCAGGAAGUGUUAGUCCCACUGAAGACAGUGCUGUGGUCAAUAGUAAGUUGUCUGAGGAGGAUAAAGCUACUCUUCAGAGUAGGCUCAAGGAGUUUGAAGCAACAUUAAGUAAUUCCCCAAGAGAUCAAAUUGCUCUUGAAGGAGCUGCAGUAACUUUGGCUGAACUAGGGGAAUAUGCAAGAGCUUCUUCUCUACUUGAUGAUUUGACAAAGGAAAAACCAAAUGAUGCUGAUGUUUUUCGUUUGCUUGGAGAAGUUAAGUACGAACUCAAAGAUUAUGAAGGGAGUGUUGCCGCAUAUAAAAGCUCAGCAAGGGUGUCCAAAGAUAUCCAAUUUGAAGUUCUCCGUGGCCUUUCCAAUUCAUUACUUGCUGCCAAAAAGCAAGAGGAGGCUGUUCAAUUACUUUUGGCCUAUCGUGAGCAUCUGAGUUCAGAAAACUUGAGCAAAAAUUCUGAUAGCAACCCAACAGACUCACAAAAGCUGGAUCCAGUCCAAGUUGAAUUACUUCUAGGGAAAGCCUACUCAGAUUGGGGCCAUGUCAGUGAUGCUGUAACUGUUUAUGAUCAGCUCAUAUCUACUCACCCUAAUGAUUUUCGUGGAUACUUAGCUAAGGGAAUCAUCCUAAAAGAAAACAAAAAUAUUGGUGAUGCAGAAAGGAUGUUCAUACAAGCUAGGUUCUUUGCACCAGAUAGAGCCAAAGCACUUGUGGACCGUUAUUCAAGAUGAACAUUUGUAUUGACAUUAAUUAUGAAGUUUCUGGAACCACCGAUGCAGUCGUUGCUUCCACAACAGUAGACAAGCAAAUGAUUCGGACAACAGCCCAACAUUAACUAUGGAAUACUUGCUAGAGUCCUCGUCUGGCCACCACAUUGGAAUGACAACAUUCCUAUAAACAAUUUGAAAGACAAGAAUUAGACUCUAUCUGGCAUAGAAUUGAACCAACGAGGUUAGGCUAAGUAGGUAGAAUCCAUAUGAAAAACGGUAUUUGGUUUGUUAGAUUGUUGCCACAAAGCUCAGAACCCUUGUGGUGACCAGGCUAUUGAAUUAACUUUUCCUUACGCGACAUAUAAUUGACUACUAGAACAAGUUACACCAAAAUGAAAUGGAUUCUUACCCCUGAACA